ACUAAAGGGAGUGACAGAGCGCUUUACGACAGUUGCUUUGUGGCAGCACCAGAGGAGAAAGAUGGCGGCCACCUUAGUAGCUAGAGGAGCGGGUCCGGCUCCAGCCUGGGGGCCGGAGGCCAUUACCCCCGACUGGGAAAACCGGGAAGUCUCCACAGGGACCACUAUCAUGGCCGUUCAGUUUGACGGGGGCGUGGUUCUGGGCGCCGAUUCCCGAACAACCACGGGGUCCUACAUCGCCAACCGGGUGACUGACAAGCUAACCCCUAUUCACGAUCGUAUCUUCUGCUGCCGCUCAGGCUCUGCAGCCGAUACCCAGGCUGUAGCUGAUGCUGUUACCUAUCAGCUUGGUUUCCACAGCAUUGAGCUGAACGAGCCGCCUCUGGUCCACACUGCAGCCAGCCUCUUUAAGGAAAUGUGUUACCGAUACCGCGAAGACCUGAUGGCAGGAAUCAUCGUCGCAGGCUGGGACUCCCAAGAAGGAGGGCAGGUGUACUCGGUGCCCAUGGGGGGGAUGAUGGUAAGACAGUCCUUUGCCAUUGGAGGCUCCGGAAGCUCCUAUAUUUAUGGCUAUGUUGAUGCUACCUACCGGGAAGGUAUGACCAAGGAAGAGUGUCUACAAUUCACUGCUAACGCAACUUUUUUUUAUCCACAGCUCUCGCUUUGGCCAUGGAGAGGGAUGGCUCCAGUGGAGGGGUGAUCCGUCUGGCAUCCAUAUCAGAAUCAGGGGUAGAGCGGCAGGUACUCUUGGGAGACCAGAUUCCCAAAUUCUCCAUUGCCACUUUACCGCCUCCCUGAACCCUGGGAUUCUAGGGUACAGUAAGAGACAUCCCAUACUGACCCAAAAUUCAAUAAAGUUUUUCAAAGAGUC